CAAGUAUGCAACCGUGCAGUGAGGCUCGGCGGGGACGUGGGGACAGCGCGCUGGGGACGGCAGCGGGAGCAACUGGCAAGGGAGGGAUCAGGGCUUCAAAAAUGAGACACACACCCCCUCUACUCCCCCCCCACGUAGCUGGCCGGGGCUCAAAGGAGGUGGGGGCGGCUGCCCUGGGCAGCGCUUGGGCACCUGCUUCCCUGAGCAUCCCUGCGGCACCUGGGUCUUGCUGGCGGGGGCCGGGGAGGCGCGGGGAGCAGAGGAUGGUGCGGGCCAUGCCACGGUGGCUGCCAUCCCAAGACCCGUGCUGGCUGGCAUGGUGCCCUUCCCGUGGAGAGGAUGCCACGCUGCCAAAGGUCUCUGGGGGUGCUUCCACGCCUCUCCUGCUCCAGGUGAUGCCCCAGUUCACCUUUGCUUGCUUCUGCGGGCUCCAUGGCUUCUGCAAGAUGAAGAGGAAGAAAGAAGAGUCGAGCGCAGAGCAGGAGACAGCGGUGUGAGGAGCAGACUUGUGCGUGUGCCCUGCCGAGCCAUGCCCUGGGACUCCGUCCCCUUCCCAUCGAUACUUGCGUGGCCAGGGGAGAGCCGAAGCACGGGAAUGACCUUGCCGAGAGGCAGAAGCAGAUGCUGUGGAUGUUAUCCAGGUGCUGCAGCAAUUCUGCCUGGACCCUUAGCCCGGCUGGGUGCUGAGCCCUCGGGACCCAAGCAGCCAGUGUCAGAGGGACCCUGCAUCCUAGCGGGGUAGAGGUUUCCCUCCUGGGCGAGCCAACCUGCCCUUGCUCCAGCAAGUCUCAACAGACAGACCCUGAAGGGGUUUUCAAAAGCCGAGGCCAGACCUUGUCCUUCCUGAAGUCAUAGUGCCGGAGAGGCUGGCCCUGGCUGGUAAGUUGUCCUACUGCUGCAGAAUUGGCUGAAUGCAAAAACAAGCUGGUUUUGGGUUUGGUUUUUUUUUCUAAAGUCUGUCCAAAGCAAAUCUCUGUGACCCCAAGAAGCCAUUCUCCAUGCCUCUGCCCUGCCUGGUCCUGCAGGUGCAGCGCACCAGAGCGUUUUGGAGACAGCAGACACACCGACCCUGCUCAGACACCGCUCCCUGUGUGACCCGUGCAGACUGGGGGCUCCCACACCAUGUGGGGAGACACCUUGGUGCCUGACCCCCACCCCCUGCACACCUGAGCCUUGACGCUCAGUGGGAGGUUGGUCUUUUUUUGGCAAAUAGGCCAAAAUCCCUGAGCUUGGGGCACCUGAGAUUCACUCCAGGGACGUUUCUAGCACAAAUGUGUCCUCCAGAGCAGAAAUACUUUUAUUCUUCCAUACUGUGUUUCCCUUCUCCAUAUGGAGACCCCCUGAGCCUGGGUGGGUCUAACCCGCAGGGUUAGACCUGCUCCUGCCACCAUCUCCUCCUGUGGUGGUCGAGCAUCUGCUUUGCGUGGCAUGGCCAUCUGCACGGUCCCUCUCUCUGCUCCACUCUGUCUGUUUGUCCUUCCCACCCACCACUGAAGCCAUACGGGAGCUCCCUGCAUGCAGUGCCUUCCUGGAGGCAUCUCAGACAGGGAUGCCUGCUCAGAUACCCUCCAAACAGCCCUGGGCUCUGCAUGCUGGACAGCCAGGGAGGGUCUGUGAGCCAGGGAACCCCAGGGUUUGGGGACCGGUGCUUGGGUCUUGGUGCCAGGUUCCCCAUCCCUGAAUGGACCCGGUAUUCGAGAUCCCAUUUCAGGCACCAGCAGCUGCAAUGGCCCCAGUGCUCCCGUUUACAAGCGGUGCUGGAAAGCAGCAGGGACAGCCCCUUGGAAAGGGUAAACACUCAGAGGCAGCUGUGCCCGCUGCCCAUCAGUGCAGGGGGAUGUUGACUUGAGGAGAUUGACACCCCUGAGGAGCCCCCGCUGCAGGGGAUGAGCACACUCGGAGAACAAAUCCUCCCCCCGCCGCACCGUGAUUAACUGGCUCGACCUUUCCAAGGUUUGCCCAGUGCUCCCAGACUGGAUUUGCACUGGGCAAACAGAGCUGUAUGUGCCACUGACAGCUCCCCUUCGGAGGAGAUUUGUUGGCUCAGCCAACAUCCAGAACCAACACAGCUAUUAUUUUAUCUUCUUAUCCAAAGGAUUUAGCACAAAAACCUGAGCCUGUCCAGGAGCACCAAUAACACGAGGUGCAGCUGAGGAGCUUUAAAUCCUCUCUGCUGGGUGCCUGUUGUCCGGGCUGCGGUGGGAAGCAGCUGACUGGUGUGGGAUGGGCUGCUCGGAGCCAGCUCGGAGGUGGCAGCCAGCCGGGACCGGGCACAGGGGCACAGACCGUGCAUGGUCUCCGUGUGUCAGACCCCAGGAUCAGGAGGCUCGGAGCACUUUACUUUUUCCCCUCUUUAAGCCCAAAUGAUGUGAGCUGGGGAAUCCAGCGGUGCAGCCCUGGGGCAGCGUUCCCAGCUGGGUACGUCCCAUCUGGGCUCCAGGCUGCAGCACGGGAGAGGGCACGUGAGGUGCCCUGCGAGGGGCCCGCCAGGAGAGUGGUCCAGCUCCCCUGUCAUUUGUCACCAUCGAGCUCAGCAGAUUUCAGCCUGGCUUGCACAGAUCGGUGGAAAACACUGUGGUUAGUGCCGGCUGUAAGGUCUCCUCUGGGACCUCUGGGGCUGCAUCAACCUUUUACUUAGGCAGUGCAUGAGGAGCUGCUUCGCCACAGCACUGAGGGUGUUUGAGGUUAAUGCUGAUGCACCCACAUUUUGGCUUCGUUGAAGGUCCCCCAUGCCUGGGGGUACAUGAGCUGGGUCCCUGCUAAUAAUGAUUUGAGCAGGGAUCACCCUUGUCAGGGCAGCUUGGAGAGCUGGGGCUGUUCUGGCUGUGGGUACACGCUCCAGGGAGACUGUCAAAAGCAGAGGUUUGGGGAAAAUCAUGGGCAGCUUCACUCACUCAGGCUUUACAGAAGCUAAAUUAUUGCUCUGGGGUUGCAGGGGGUUGGCCCAGUUCAUUACUGUGUAACCUUCGCUGCUAAGCCUCUUGAAUUGCAGAUCCAUCAUGGUUUGGCAGUUAAAGAUGUGCCGCUAACGGCCGCCCCAAGAUUUCGUGCCUACGUGAAGGCUCGGCAUUGCACUGAGAGCAGCCCUGGAGAUGAGGCUGGUGCUUCAGGCGCUCCCAGUUGUGGCAGGCGUCCCGCAGGCUGCUCUGGGAUGAGCUGGGAGCUCUCCUGCAAACACACCAUGUUCGCGCUGUGCUUGCACUGUGCGUGCUGUGCAUACAGAGUAGAUGAUGCACACACCGUGCACACACUAUGCACGUGCUGUACACGGCGCACACGCUAUGCACGCACCGUGCACACACUAUGCACGUGCUGUACACGGCGCCCACGCUAUGCACGCGCCGUGCACACGCUAUGCACGUGCUGUACACGGCGCACACGCUAUGCACGCACUGUGCACACGCUAUGCACGCACUGUACACGGCGCACACGCUAUGCACGCACCAUGCACACACUUUGCACGCGCUGUACACGGUGCCCACGCUAUGCACACACCGCACGCGCCGUGCACACGCGCCCUGCGCACCCUCAGCGCUCGCUGCGCGCCGGACGUGUGCGGCACCUCUGUGCCUGCUCAGGUUUCCCCUGUGUCUCCAGUAAGGGGUUCCCAAGCCAUGGGUUUAUGUAGCACAUACAACUGAGACAGGCAGACAUUCACCCACGCUCACCAUAUAUGCAUUCGAAAAGACAAUAAAUGAACCAAGUGCAGUAUCAAUGUUAAAGCGCUCGAGCUACAGUUAUUUUUGAAGAGAACUCCCCACCUCCCUGGAUGGAUGUAGCUCUCAAAGCAACAAUCUGUUUUCCACCACGGCUCUGAGCAAAAUGGUUUGCUCCUGGAUUGACCUCUAUUGUGUUCAUAAAUGGCUCGUGGUGCUUUCUGAUUCCCCCAUCAUAAUGACUUGACCUCUAGAUUUAUGGCUGAAGGUCCUUUCAUCUGCACAUUGUUUCCCACCAGACUCCAGCCUGGCGCUUUUCUGUAGCAAACCUGCCAAGAGCUGAGCCCCGCGCUGCUCGCCCCUCCGAGCCGCCCAGCCAGCUUCCACUGACAAAUCUGCAGUGGGCAAAAGCAAACAGGUUUGUUUUUUUCUCUCUUUCCAGUGGCAGCAUUUUAAUAGGGCAGCGUAUGCUUCUGAGCCUGCGAAGGCUGGGAAGGUGACAGCUCUUGUCACAGUACAAACACUCUCUCCCUCUCUCUCUCUCUCCCCCAUGUUUGCACAACCCCUGGUAUUUUUAUAAACUAGGACUUUGCUUGUUGUUCAGGAUUUCCUCUUGCCCUCCCCAGCGACAGACACCCUGCCUUUGACUCUUCCACCCGGCUUUCGCUUCUCUACUCCAGAAGCAACCAGACCUGAGCGAUACUGUAGUAGAUAAAUCUUACUAACGUCAGU